AUGGCGGCGUCCCUUACUGCCACAGUCCUCUCUGCAGCAUUCGCUGCGUCCCCAUGCCUCACUGGCUCUGUUCGUCAGGGGGACGCGGUAUGCGUCACUGGCAGCAUGAAACCAUUGAGGGCGACUGGAAGGCGUGACCUUCGUGUUUGGAGUAGCGGCGAAGGCGGAAAUGCGCCAGCAGAGCGGAUACUUUCUCUUGAAGACAUUCUCAGUGCUGCGGAGAAGGAGAGCAGCGACCUGGUGUUUUCUCCUGACGACGCCGAUGAUGACAAUGAUGACACGAUCGACAGCCUGGCCGACGAUCCCUUCGUCUCCCGCUCACCUGUCCCCACCGAUCCCAACGCCCCUGCGGCCCAGCUGUUCCCAUCGGCUGACGACAUGGAGAAGGUUCUUUCCGCCUACAACAGCGCACCGGCAGCUAUAGGCGAGAUAGGCGUGGAUGAUCUCAAGACGGCCCUGGAGGGGGAAGCGGACGCCGUGCCUGUGCUGAUUGACGUGAGGGCGCCAGAGGACUACAAGAGAGGGCACAUUCCCGGAGCUGUGUCAGUGCCUAUGGGGGAUGUGGUGGCAUAUGCUGCAGACGCUGGUUCCGGUCCCCUGGCCUUCGUCUGCUAUGCUGGUGCGCCGCUGCUUCUUCCUCACCUUGUUGGGAGUUUUUGCCUACAUAAUUGUCUUUCCAGAGCAGGCAGUCUCAUCCAAACAUGUGCCCGCUUCCACAUGCAGGAAACACGAGUAAACGGGCAGCUAUGCAAGUGGCUGGUGCACUCAGCUUGCCAUCAGAGUCCGUAUUGA